GAUUUAUUUUAAGGACGAGAGCGCCCCAAAUGGCUGUUAUGUAACUAAUCAACGGAAGUCUUAUAACAAGUUAAAGAUGGCGGCGUUGGUAGUUCCUCGCCUCGCCGCGUUUGGUACAUUUUCAUCAAAGCCGAUUUCAGUAUUUGUGAUAAACCAACGGUUGCUGCACUACACUGCUAAAAGCGACAAUGCUACAAGCGUGGUGUCAGUCAGAGAGAAAAGCACAGCAGUGGCUGCAGCCAAGCCGGCGGCAGUAGCAAGCAGCAAAGGAGAGUAUGUGAUCACUAAACUGGAUGAUCUGGUGAACUGGGCCCGCAGGAGCUCCCUGUGGCCCAUGACAUUUGGCCUGGCGUGUUGUGCAGUGGAAAUGAUGCACAUGGCUGCUCCACGUUAUGACAUGGACCGGUUCGGAGUCGUGUUCAGAGCCAGCCCCAGGCAGGCCGACGUUAUGAUUGUGGCAGGCACCCUGACCAACAAGAUGGCCCCUGCUCUUCGCAAGGUUUACGACCAAAUGCCCGAGCCGAGAUACGUCAUUUCCAUGGGAAGCUGUGCCAAUGGGGGGGGCUACUACCACUACUCCUAUGCCGUAGUCAGAGGGUGUGACCGAAUCGUCCCAGUGGACAUAUACGUUCCAGGCUGCCCGCCCACAGCAGAGGCCCUCCUCUACGGGACGCUACAGCUGCAGAAGAAAAUCAAGAGGGAAAAGAAACUACGAAUUUGGUAUCGCAAGUGAAAUGAUGUAUGUCCAUGGCAGUUUGUAAAUGUUGUAUUUAUGGGUGGUCUGGCCACUCUGUAAACCAGGUUGGCAGUAAUCUCAGGAGUCUCUGGUUUGAGCUCAGGCUCCUCUUCUCUGUAGAAAAAAAAUAAAGGAAUUUCUUGUCUUUA